AUGUCUCAGGAGCAGCAGCUCCACGUGAAGACCCCCCUCAGGGACAGCAUGGCCCUGUCCAAGGUGGUGGGCCCCACUGUUUACCUCAAGAUGGAGACCGCCCAGCCCUCCGGGUCUUUUAAGAUCCGGGGCAUCGGACACCUGUGCAAGACGUGGGCUGAGAGGGGCUGUGAGCAUUUCGUUUGUUCCUCAGCAGGUAAUGCUGGCAUGGCCGCAGCCUAUGCUGCCAGGAAGCUGAACAUCCCUGCCACCAUCGUUGUGCCUAAUACUACGCCCUCCCUCACCAUCAAGAAGCUCAAGGAUGAGGGUGCUACGGUCAAGGUUGUAGGUGAGACAUUGGACGAGGCAUUCGAACUGGCAAAAGCCCUUUCCAAGAACAAUCCAGGCUGGAUCUUUGUGCCCCCCUUCGAUGACCCCCUCAUCUGGGAAGGCCAUACCACCAUAGUGAAGGAGCUGAAAGAGGACCUUCCUGGCAAGCCGGGUGCCAUUGCCCUGUCAGUGGGCGGCGGGGGCCUCCUGUGUGGCGUGGUGCAGGGCUUGGUCGAGGUGGGCUGGAAGGAUGUACCUGUCAUCGCAAUGGAAACCCAAGGGGCCCACAGUUUGAAUUCAGCCCUCAAAGCUGGCAAACUGGUCACGCUUCCCAAGAUUACCAGUGUGGCUAAAGCCCUUGGGGUGAACACUGUUGGAGCUCAGACUCUGAAGCUCUCCCAGGAACACCCCGUCUUCUCUGAAGUGAUCACAGACCAAGAAGCAGUCAGAGCUCUGGAGAAGUUCGUAGAUGAUGAGAAGAUGCUGGUGGAGCCAGCCUGUGGGGCAGCCCUGACUGCAAUCUACAGCAAAGUAGUACAAAAGCUCCAGGCUGAAGGGAAGCUCCCUGCCAAGCUGAGCAGUGUGGUGGUCAUCGUGUGUGGUGGGAGCAACAUCAGCUUGGAUCAGCUGCAAGAGCUCAAAAGGCAGCUGGGAAUGAAGACCGGCUGAGCCCACUCCCGCAGACCUCCUCCGGCACCCCCGCCAAGCACCCCUUCUUGGGACUGGAGUUUUAUCCAGUGCCUUAUUCUGUUAUUAUUAUCGUUAUUAUUAUUGUUCUUCUAUUGUGGUUGUUAGAGGGGACAUCUACGUGGGGGUCUGGGCUAGGGAGAGGGCCUCCGUCCUCUUGGGACCCCCUGGCUUUACAGGGAGUACAAGGACACUCUGGCCCUCUCCUGGGACUCCUCCUACUUAGCCCCACUGGAAUCCAGCCUUUCCACCAGCCCACAUUAACUUGGGAAGCCCAGAGAUAAAAGAUGAGCUGGGUGGGAGGCGAGUGACUCAGAUAGGUGAGGGGGCUUUCAUGGGGGGUCCUUGUCUCUGAUUCAGAUUAAAAAGAGGGGCUUCAGGGUUGGAAAGGUCAAGUUUGGACUGGGGGGUGAGGAGUAUUGGGUUUCUAUUCUCAGCAACCCACUCCUCUACGCUUGGGGAAUUAAUCCCAGGCUCUACUCAUUUCUCCUUUUUUUUUUUAAACCCUUCACUUCUGUCAUAGAAUCUAAGACAUGGGUUCCAAGGCAGAAGAGAGGUAAGGGCCAGACAGUGGGAGAUUAAGUGACUUGCCCAGGGUCACACAGCUAGGAAGUGUCGGAGGUCAAACUGGAACCCAGAUCCUCCUGACUCCAGGUCCUCAAUCCACUGCUCAUUUUUCUAAUGUCCUAAUUAAUAAAUAAAAAAAAGAAAAAACCAAGUAUCCAUCUAUUUAUGAAA